AUGGCGGAUGAUGUUAUUGGGAAGAGGGUUUCAUAUGACGGUUUCCGCGGAACUGUGAGAUACUUUGGUCAGGUACCGCCAACAGCAGGAGAMUGGYUUGGUAUUGAGUGGGAUGAUGAAAAUCGUGGAAAACAUAACGGAACUUUGGAUGGCGUUAACUAUUUCACCUGCAGCCACCCCAAGAGUGGCUCAUUUGUGAGGCAAAAGAAGGUUGAGUUUGGAGUUCCUGUGGUAGAUGCCUUGCAGUCAAAAUACAGUGAUGAUGUACAAAAGCACAUCCAAGAUAUGCAAGUUGUUGGUAAAAACAAAGUUACUCAAGUAGAGAUGGUUGGAGCAGAAAAGGUUUUGUCCCAGCAAAGUUGUUUUCAGAAGCUAAAAGAAGUCAGUUUGAGUAAUGCAAAUGUGAGAGGACAUCAUAAAGACAUAUCUCUUCAUUCCAUUGCUCCAAAUAUUGUUGAGCUAGAUUUAUCAGGAAAUCUGUUCUCUUCCUGGGAAGAUGUGGCCAGGACAGUGCAAAGUUUAAAGAAUUUAAAAGUUCUUAAUAUCAGCGACAACCGUCUUGCCAUGCCAAGUGAUAUGAGUUCUCUUCAAGCAUCCUUCAGCAGCAUCCAAGAGUUGUUUUUAAAUAAAAUGAACAUGUCCUGGGAUGAGAUAUCUCUGGUUAUAAGUAUGUUUCCAAGUCUUGAAACACUACAUGUGUGCAAAAAUACUAUACAUUCAUUAAGAAUUAUAUCUCCUAUUACCUCAUGCUUAAAAAACCUAUGCCUGUUGGAUUUGUAUGGCAACAGUCUGACAGAAUGGGAUGAUGUACAGGAUCUUGCAGCGCUUCCAAGGUUGAACRCUUUGAUCUUAACAAAUAACAAUAUUUCUGAAGUUAAAGUGAACAGACAAGAAAAAAACAAGAACUUUACAUCAAUGAAAUCCUUGCAUCUUAGUCAGAACCAAAUCAAGGAUAUAUCCAGUAUAAAUGCAUUGAAUGAUUUCCCUUCACUGGACGAUUUACACAUAAAAGAGAAUCCAGUUUUUGAAGGUUGGACAAGCUUUACAAGUAGACAAGAGCUAAUUGCUCGUAUUUCCUCUCUUCAAAUUCUUAAUAAAAGCCCGGUGACAGAAAAGGAGAGAAAGUCCGCUGAGCAAGCUUACAUCAAAAUGUAUUCCCAAGAAUGGUCAUCUGCAGGCGGAAAUUCUGAUCAAAGUGACUAUACGAAGAUUAAUGAACAGUUCCUGUCAAAACAUCCAAGAUACUUGGAUCUAAUUAGAGUACAUGGAAAACCUGACAUAGGGCUUGUUAACAAGACAUCCGUCUCACUUAAAGAUUCUCUCAUCACUUUAUCCUUUAAAUGUCCAAAUGACUCUUCUAAGAAAAUUAUUACAAAGAAACUGMCAGGUUCCAUGACCAUUGGCAAAGUAAAGGGAUUGUUGUACAGACUAUAUAAAGUUGACAGCUCUGACCAGAAAUUAUCAUACCUCGAUACUAAGAAUGACCGAGAAAUUCCCAUGGAYGAUGAUCUUAGACAUCUAUCAUUUUAUUCUGUAACUCAAGGAGACACUAUUUAUUUACGAUGGUAAAGCUGUACACAUUUAGGCUUGACAUUCAGCGGUCUAAAGAUCAGACACGUGCUUACUAAGCUUUUACGUCACCUACGUGAUUUGCAAUGCAUCGUGGGAUGUAUUUUUUUUUGUAGAAAACAAAAGAAAUAUGUGUUAUCCCAAACAUAUACCACGAUGGAUUGCGUUUACGGAAUAUAUAAGCUUCAGAGGUCUAUUUUAAGUUUUAAAAGGUUGUAAACAAAAAUGUCCUGUGUUUUAUAGUUUGAUGUUUAAAUUAUAGCUGAACGAAUACUCGACUCGACAAAACUUGCUUUCCCGUUUCGACUUAACAAUGUUUACCAUAACACAUCCUUUUUCAUUUGCAGUUAGAUAAAUACUUUACAAAAUUGAGCAAAACUGUAUGUCAUACACAUCAAAAGGUUAUUUCGCAUAAUGAUUUUAUAGAAUAUAUGGCCUAUAUUUAUGAAGUGUGUACUAAAAAUUAAGGACAAAAUAUAUUUCGACUUUUAUCUGUUAAAUAUUCGAAUAAAAUUAAUUUGAAGAUGGAGUAAUCAGGCAUAAUGAAUAUGUGAUAAGUAUACAAAGUUGUCAUUGAUUGUGGAAAAAUUGAAAUUCUCCAAACAUUUCCACCGAAAUAGAGUCGAAACGUUUGGAGCAUUUCAAUUUUUCACUGAAUCAUUGACCACUUUAUAUACUUAUCACUUAUAAUAUAUAAGAAUGAAAGUUCAAUUUUAUCGUGCUUAACAGAAUAUUACUGAUAUGAUGCUCUGCCAAACAUUUGUUAGCCAAGCUCAUUAAUUUAUUUUGCCGAAUAAAAGUAUUUCGAAGUGAA